GCCAAGUUGUUGGAAUCUUCUCACGCUUGGCUCGGAGCCUCCACCUCCAGUAUAGCCGAUAGCUACCAGUACCAGCUGCAGUCGAUGUGGCAAAAGUGUUGGAACACCAAUCAGAGCCUGGUGCACAAUCUGCGCUUCCGGGAACGCGGACCGCUCAAGUCUUGGCGACCGGAAACCAUGGCCGAGGCAAUCUUCAGCGUUCUCAAGGAAGGACUGUCGCUCAGCCAAGCAGCAAGGAAGUACGACAUACCGUACCCAACGUUUGUCCUUUACGCGAAUCGAGUUCACAACAUGUUAGGUCCAAGCGCCGAUGGCGGGGCCGGUGAGUAUCUGCGUCCCAAGGGCCGAGGGCGACCUCAGCGAAUACUCCUCGGGGUCUGGCCGGACGAGCACAUCCGGGGUGUCAUAAGGGCGGUUGUGUUUCGCGACGGACACUCGCCGCACAUCGUCAAGGAGGAGCCAGCAUCCAUGUAUCCCAGUCUUGCGAAUUACGCAGCCUGCAAUGGACCGGAAGGUGCGGUGAGUCCCGGCACGGCAGCGGCAGCCGCGGUCGCAGCAGUGGCCCAAGGCCUCCGACAUCAGAUGUGCAGCAUGGUGGCCGCAGCUCAUUCCCACCAGCACGACAUGAUCGGUACGAAUCUCUCCAGCAGCCUCUCGACGAACAUCCAGGCGGCGAUCCAGGCCCAGCAUCAUCACAACAACAACAACAACAACAACAAUAACAACGGCAACUCGCCGCUGAAUUUGGGCCUGGCGAGUCCCGGCUCAGGUGGUCCGCCCGAGAGUCCCAUGGAGAGUCCCCUGGCCAGUCCUCUGGGUCCUCUGAUGGAUCCCACCACGCACAUACCCAGCAGCGUGGAGGUCGGGAUCGGAGUCAGCGGGAUGACCUACAAGCCGGCGCGCAGCUUCGUCAGUCCCAGACCGGAGAAUCUCUUCCAGGAGGACAUCGCCGACCUCGUCAAGAGUUCUCACGGCCUCAAGGACAAGGACAAGAUACCUGUGAAGUUGGAACCGCUGACGGACUCGCGUUGCGAAUAGUAAGCGGCAGCGAGUGGCCGUUUGUGAGGAACACGAGUAGCCGAGCGUGUUGAACUGUUUUUUUUUUUUUUCCGAAAGAGAAAAGGAUGCGAGAGACAGUCAGGACGGGGAUAACGAGUAGUUCGGGAUCGCGAGGGAUCCCUAUAUUACUUUGGAGUAUCCCUUACAUGCAUAAGCUACGUAGGCGCUCCCGAUGGAAGAGUAAAGAUGCGGAAGACAAAGAUGGCGCUCGUCGGCAGUAAAAGCAAAGCGAAGCCGCGGUGGUUGAAACUAAACGAAAGAAAAAUGUUUAAACGUAGAACGCGUAGAAGUGAGGCUUCGAAUCAAAAGAAAUAACCCUGCGCCACGCGGCCAGGUCGCGUGGCUUCUCCGGAAGGAGACACUCGUGCUAAAUAAUAGCGUAACGCGCAAUUUUCUCUAGCGUGCAAUACCUUCGUUCCGCUUCGUUUCGGUGUGGAUAGUGGCUUUAGGUUUCUCCGCGUAGGCAGAAUCCUUGAGGCUAUGUCAGGAUGAGUGAAGUCCACGUGGGACUCAUUUCGAUUCACUUCCUCGAGUUUUACAUACAGAGUGAGAGAGAUGGAGAGCGAGAGAAAAAUAAAGAGAGAGAGAGAGAGAGAGAGAGAGAGAGAGAGAGAGGGGGGAUGGGAAAGAGCCAACAGAGAGAUAAUGGCAAAUGAUAAUAGCCAACAUCUCGUUUAAUGAAUUCCUUCGAAGAAAGAAGCACUGAAGUAAAGGGUGAUAGAGAGUGAGAGGGGAAGGGAAGAGAGAGAGAGAGAGAGAGAGAGAGAGAGAGAGAGAGAGAGAGAGAGAGAGAGAGAGAGAGAGAGAGAGAGUGAAUAUACAGGAGCGAAUGAGAAAGAGAGAGACAGAGAGUGCGUCCCGGUUGCAAAGGUAGAGACGUUGCACCACUUUCCAAUCUAGAUAGUUUGUAUCGUCGUGUCGUCUAGAUUAUGCAUAUAAAUAUUAUACAUACACUCAGUAUAUAUGUAUAUAUAUACAUAUAACAUGCACUUCUACUUGUCGCUCUGCCAUGCAAAGAAGCGAAAGAGAGAGAGGGAGAGAGAGAGAGAGAGAAGUGAUGAGCGGAAACACUACAUAAUUUAUACCUACGCCUAUAUGGAUAUAUAAGUAUACAUGGACAUAUGCAUAAAUACAUAUACCAUUACGAUAAUGCCAAAUGUAUAAUAGUUCUUAAGCAGUUGCAUGAUGAUACACCAAUUAAUAAUCGGACAUUGUCAAUGGUGACCGGUCGGUCCCAGCCACACGUGGACGCGACACGCCUGAUGGUCAGGUCUUAUAGUAAAUAGUCGGAAGGUCCAGGACUGUUGGAAGGAUUACAUACAAGGAAUGCUAGCGAAGCGUCGUCUUGUGCUGUCCGUUUAUAUGUCGUGGCGUUUCGUGAGGUCCUUUACGUAGAGUAAGACGCGUCAAAUAGAGACACAUUUAUUUACUUGUGAAACACGCGCGCACGCACGCACCCUCGGAUCAUUCGAGAAGCGGAGGGCAGCGUAAGGAUGAGUGCGAUGGGUAAGACGUAUUACAGAGGCUGGGCAAGGGAGAAGCACGCACAGUGCGUGAGAGCCUGUGGGCGUAUAUGCACAAAAUAUAUAUAUAUAUAUAUACAUACGUAUAGAUACACUUUGACACGUAAAGCCACAUGCAUCCAAAAUCACAUGUGCGAAUGAUUCGUAGUAAAUUUCGCGAUAGUCGCGCGGUUGCGAAUGUUGCGUAAAACCUGUGAGACUUUUGGGUGGUUGCGUGUGUGCGGUGUAUGUGGUAUGGUACAAGCGCGACGGGGCCAGCGUUUUCUAGUCAUUCUCACGCGCGCGACACGACAUGCCAAGGAUCACAAAAGGGGAUGAAUCGUCGAGAAAUUGUACUGAGAGACAAGAAAUAUAUAUAUAUAUAUAUAUAUAUAUAUAUGAAGGCGAUGAUGAUGAUGAUGAUGAGUGUGUGUGCGUGUUUGCGUGGAUCCGGGUGAACGGGUGAGUUUAGGAAUAUAGAAAUGAAAAAGUUGGAAGAGAGGCCGCUCGCGGACAACGUGGCGGCCUCUUCCUUUCCGGUAGGGAAGUGCGUGACUCGCUUUUUCGUUGUUCGCGGAGCGCGAGGGAAUGUGCGUAAAAUGAUAUUGUCGAGUGGAUGAAGGUGCGAGUAGGAGGGAUGAAUGUGAGAAGUGGGAUUUUAGGGAAAAAGUGGAAAAUCAUGUAGAAAUGGAACGAAGAGAUACGGGCCGCUGCUAUACUAUACAUAUACAUAAAUAUAUAUAUAUAUAUAUAUAUACAUAUAUAUAUAUAUAUAAAAGAAAGGCGAAAAUGUACAAAAUUGAUAAUUGUCUAUUUAAAAAAAGAAUAAGGAGAAGGAGACGCGAGCGCGCGUGCGCUGAAGUGGAAUAGAAAUAAGAGAGAGGGAGGGAUGUAAAAGAAAAUUUCACGGUCGAGAUGGAAAGAGGAAGGAGAAAAUCACACUGAAAUAAUAAAAAAAAAAAGAAAACCUUAAGAUUUUAGCGAUUAUAGUGAAAGACGAUGAUGGUUGCUGUACGUUAUUAAAUGUAAUGAUUGCCUUCCUGCCAUAUUUGGGGUAUGCCAAGUAUAAAAAUUAAGUUUAGGAAUUAGGAGAAUUUAUGGGGAAAAAAAAAGUUGCGAGAAAUUUUAAAGAAUAGAAGGAGACGCGUGAACGAACGUGAAAUUGGACUCACGAUGAAAUUCAAUGAAUUUGGAAUUGUGCGAUUGUGUGGGAGUGCGAGAGAGAUCGGGAGGAAGAUAGAAUGAGAAAGGGUGAAUGCGAGAGGGAAUGGCCGUGCGAGUGAGAGUGAGUGAGAACGAAUGGACCGAGACGGAGUUAGAAAGAGAGUGAGAACUUUCCUGGCACCUUAUCGAGUGGGUGAACUUCUUGUUGAGUACCGUGGUAUUUUUUUUCAAAAUUUAACGUGAGCCGCGCGUCACCCGAAGACCGACGGAAUCCGACCCGAACUUUCACGAUUACGAAUCUCUGUGCGAUCUCUGGGCCGAUGAUUCCCGAAGACGCGAGACAAGCACACUCGAGGCCUUUGCCUUUUAUAUUAAUUGAAGUUACGCGGACGAUUAAUAUGAAGUUAAGGCCCUGCCCCCCUCCGCGCGCCCCCCUUCCCCUUACACACUGUAUUGUCGAGCCGUUUUAUGCCGAAAUCCUCGUAAUUGUAAAAAGAAAUUCGAAGUGGCCUUCGCGAGUAAAAAAAAUGAUACCAUUGUUGUUUUCGCUUUGACUCGGAUGCGGAAGUGGAACCGCCAAGACUCUCAUUUUUUUAUUCUAGGAACUAAUCCAAUUUUUGCGGUUCGGUACGUGAAACUUUGUCCGGGUUCGUCGAAAGUAAAAGUAAAUUAAGCGCUAAGGAAAAUCGGAUUUGAUUAAGAUUUAGUGAGUGGAUCGUGGAAACGGGGCAAAAAUUAUUUAAGGAGAAAUACGUCGAAAAUGUUUAAAAAAAAAAAAUCGUUAAAAUUAAUUCGAGAGUCGAGAGUAACUUCGCGCGCGCGACGCCAGAUGACAAAAAUAUUCUUGAUACAAACGUUUUUGUGCAAAAAAAAUUACCAAAAAAAAAAAUAAAGUGUACUGGCCGCGAAGAACACGUGAAACGCGAGCGUAUACGGAAAGACCAACAUUUUUCUCGUGGCUGCCGAUUUUGUGCUUUGCGACGGGGCAGCCUAAUUUCGGCUUUCGAAAAAGCGAGCGCACGGAGCGAAAUCGAGAGAUGGGACGUGGGAAAAACAAAAAAAUGCAAGAAAAAAGUGAGAUUCUAGGACUGUCUUUGGAGUUCUUUAAACGUAGGACGUAUUAUUAUACUAUUUUUAUUUUUAACGAGUAGUAGGAGAAAAAAAUGAUACAGAUCUUGGAUCGAAGGUUUUUACAAUCUAGGCUUAAUGUGUUCAAAAAAAUGAAUAAAUUAAAAUCGAUGGCGUCGAGACAAAAAGUGUAGUGCGUUGUAAAAAGAAAAAAGAAAAAAAAAGAGAAAUUAAAAUUACGAGAACCGAGCGAAAGGGAAAGAGAGUGCGAGUGGAAGAGAGAAAAACAUGCGAGAGAGCGAAAGUGCGUGCGAGAGGAACAGUGUGCGUGGGUGAGCGAGUGGAAUGAAAUUAUGAAAAAUAAUUGAGGUCGGUGGGGGAGGGGAUUAAGAGUGGGGUUUAAAAUUAAAUAUUGUAUAAAAGAAAAAAAAAGUAGUAAGUGCCUUCCAAAAGAAAAAGUUUAACGAGUCCCGUAGAUCGUGACCACUUGUAAAUUAAAGAGUCAUCCAAAAUUUCGUGUUAUCGUGUGCGUGGGAGCACCGCAUUCGCCUUUUUCUUGGACAUACUGCGCUUCGAAAUUAUUCCCGAGUUCUCUUGAAUUAAUAUAUUUUUUUUUUCUUUCUUUUUUUCAAUAGCGAAGUCUUUCGGCCAAUUCCAUAAGUCAGUCCAAAAUUCGGAUACUUGAUUACCGAGCAUCGCGAGGGACCUUAAAAGAAUAAUAAAUUUUGAAUGAGGAUACAGAAAAAUAAUAAUAAAAGCGUGAUUCCUUUUUUUGCUAUUCCAGCGUGAUCCUCACUGACGCGAACCCCAAUGCCAAUGUGCUUUACUGCACCUCGUUACGAACAAUAAAAGGCCGCAAUAUGUCCAUAAAAUGUCGUAUGUAUGGUGCGUGAGUGACUGCAGCUGCAAAUAAAAUCGCGCGCUCGGCAACUACGGCUCCGCCGGCCAAACGCGCUAUGGGAACGCCGCUGUGGAAAUUGCCAUGGGAAUGGCCACGGUGCCCGUGCUUCUCGGGCGAUCGCGCGGUGUCCAGAAAGAAAGAAAAAUAAAAGGACAACAACACAAGCACCCUGGUAAAUGGAAGAUCGAGCGAGCGAGAGUGCGAGUGGGAGAGAAAGGGAUGAAAAGAAAAAAACAAGAGUAAUGAACAUUUGUAAGAUGAAAUUCAAUUUUGGAUCGAUCCACACCGGUAAUACCCUGAAUGGCAUGUUCUCAAAGAGAUAUCUUUCGUUUCGUGAUAACAUACUAAAUGCGUGUAAUAUCCGUGAAGAAGGCAUCUUCAAUUCGAACGAAAGGUUAACGAGGAAAGAGAUUGAUGCUGCUGAUAGAAGGUAGUAGUGGGGAGAGGAUUAAAUAUUUAAAAAAAAGAAAAACCAACUAGGAGAAUCGAUACUUUUUAAAGAAAAAAGUUUGAAAAAAAAAUGUGAAAGGAAAAAACAUUGCGUUUCCAUUUUGAUAUAUAUCUGUGAAGAGAAAAAAAGAAUACCUAUAUUAAAUACUUAAGGUUUAAGUGAGGAAAAAAAAAGAAGUAUCUAAUACGCUAUAAUUGAUAUAGAGAACGAGAUAUAAAUGAAUAUAUAUAAAUAUAUAUAUAUAUAUUGAUAUAUAUAUAUAUACACAUAUAUAUAUACAUAUAUACAUAUAUAUAUACACAUAUAUAUAUAUAUUACAUGACAUAGGAUUAAUGCUGGGUGAGUUUAAUCGUGAGACGAUGCAAGAAUCCUUAUGUUUUUUUCAUUUCCUUUUUCGUUUUUUUUUUGUUUUUUCGAAUUUCUUUUCAACGACGAACAAACGCAAAGUGGUACGUGAAUUGUGAAUUUUCUAUUUUUACAUUUUGGCUACUCAUGCUUUUCAAAUUUCUUAUCCUUUGACUUGCCACUGCUCACGCACUGACGCGAUAUAAGAAACGACAGUGCCACGCGUUAUAGAAAAAUCAAAUUUCCCGCUAGAAUCGUAGAUUUCGGAUCGCGACGAAGCCACGCCCACGUUACGCAUAACUGCAUGUGAAAAUUGCAACUUUCUUUGUCAACGGUUUGCGAAGUUGCCUCUCGUUGGUCCUCGUGGAACAGACACCGGAGUGACAAAGGCAGCACGUAUACCGUCCAGCGUAUAACAAGUGGCGGAUGAAUUUUGAAAACGAAACGAAAAUUUGGUGCGUCGAUUCGAUUUCAAGAAUCCUCCGUUGCCCAAUAAAGGAUUAAAGGAAAAUUAACUGUACAGGAACCAUAUUCUUUGAUCUACUUUCGAGGAGUCGAGUCUCCUUGGAAGCACAACACAUGGAAGCGACAAGCACACGUCAAAACGAGAUUUACUUUACAGUUUUGUCAGAACUCUCGAUUUUCGCGAAGGACGUUAAACACGAGGGAGAACGGGGAGGAAAGAAAAAAUAGUUAAAAAAAAAUAUAUAUUAACGCUCUCACUAUAAAAAUCAGAAAUAUAUUUGUCAAAGUUCCAAUUCGAAAUGCGUAAUAAUUCCAUAACUCGCGCAUGCGCAGUUCGUUUAAUUUCCUUCGUGACAACCGAAUUCGUCGAAAGUUGCCCAUGUACCAGGAAACAUCCUGAUUGGUCGUCGGACUAGUAGCGAGCCGGUCAAAUGGCUAGAAUCGUAUAUUUUCAAAAAAAAAAAAAAAAAAAACCGCUGUCUUUCGCCCAAAGCGUACGAUACCCCGAGUCAAUAACAAUUUGGACACGGGGUGGAUGUCACGAAAGGCAAAGUGCGAAUGGUUGAGUUAAUAGAGAUACGCAGAGUACACGAAAGAGUACAGAAAAAUUAAGAGAGGAAAGAAGAAAAAAUAUGAAAAAUAAAAAAAAAUAAGAAAACACGCGCACACAUUAUACAUACACGAUAUACACACACACGAUAUACGCGACUGUGUUUAAUUGUAAAUAUGGGGAAAGCAGCAUUACGGCAAGUUCAUCGUAUUAUUAUCUUCGUACGUGUAACAUAUUUAUUUGCGACACUCGGAGUCGAGACGGAAACGCGUCUCUCUUGUGUCUCUUGACAAUGAGAGCCGCUCGUGUUCAUCCAGCGCAAUGUGUUAUAAAAUAAUAAAAAGAAAUCUACACCGAGCCGAGAUACGUCACCUCGCCGAGUGAACGUUUCAUAUUGUAUUUUUGUUAUUUAAUAAGAGCAAUCGAUAUUUAUUUCCCGUUAAGCGCGAACGUCCGCGGACGCCAUUUCGAUUUAUUCUCUGUACAUAUAGGGGACAUCCGCCCGGUUUCCGACCUAGUGCCAAAGAAUUAUUCCUCUUUUUUUUUUUAAUGUGGCGAAUAAUAAAAAGAGGCCCGAUGGCUUUGCGAGAGAAGCGUUCAGCAGGGUGAGAAGGAGAGAGCGAGAGAGAGAGAGAGAGAGAGAGAGAGAGAGAGAGAGAGAGAGAGAG